AUGGGAGUUACUGGACUUGAAAUUCAUGGGAAUUCUGCUUCGGUUUUGCAUUUUGGUGCCAACUCGUUAUCUUCUUAUACGGUUCCUAUUUCUUUGAGACCCUUUUUUGGGAAUGCUUUGAAUGCGAGGUUUACGGGGAAGAUUCGAGUUUCCCACACUCGGAAGCUGAACUUCGGAGCAGUUACUGCUUCACUGAAUGCUGGGUUGAUUAGUGAUGCGCUUCUUCCGAAAGACUCAGAAUUUAAGCCUUCCUUUGACGAAUAUUUGAAGGCUAUGGAAUCUGCCAGAACUGCGAGAGGCAAUAAGCGCACUGCCACUCCUAGAAAACAGAAGACGACGGAAAAGGGUGAUAACACUACAAAAUUUAACAGCGCAAGAGUGAAAAUUGAGAGAAAAGAUGGGCUUGAAGGUGUCAAGGAAGGUUCCGCCAGAAGUAGCGGUAAGGUCAGAAGAACACCCAGUAAAGGAUCUAGAGGUGAAAAUGAUGGGAAAGAAAACAACCUUGAUGUAAAGGCAAAGCAGAAAAAUGGGUCAUUGAAAAACCAGAGUUAUAGUUUAGAAUCAGAAUCUGAUGAUUACAGUGAGAUUAACAAAAGUGGAAGGAUGAGCAAGAACAUAGUUAGGUCUAGUUUGAAUGGUAACCGUGGGAGUGUCAUAAAGAGGGGAGUUACUCAUGAUUUAUAUUCUUCAAAGAUGUUGGGAGAGAAGGUUGUUGGUAGCAGACAAAGGGAUUACAACACACAGAGUAGAACCACUGAUGGAGAUAAAAUUGUAGUUACACAAAAAGUUGAGGAUAGAGGGCUUAUAAGAAGACACACUGAGAAUGGAAGUUUGAUAAAUAGAAAUGGUCUGUUAAAUGUCAAUUUGAAUGGAAGCCGCAAGCGUUUCAUUGACAGGGGCUAUGAUUCUGACAGUCUGGAGGUGGACCGAGUGGCAUUUGAGAAUCUGGAGGACCCAAACAGUGUUAUCAUAAAGUCACAAUUUUCACACAAGGAUAUGGAGGAGAAAAUCCAGAGGCUAGCCAAUUCGUUAAAUGGUGCAGAUAUCAAUUUGCCUGAAUGGAUAUUUUCUAAGAUGAUCAGAAGUGCUAGGCUUAAAUUUUGUGACUAUUCCAUAACAAGGAUUAUCAUAAUCUUGGGAAAACUAGGAAACUGGAGGCGAGUGAUACAGGUGAUUGAAUGGCUUCAAAAGCGUGAACGUUACAGGCAUAUAUAUACUGCUGCUCUUAAUGCACUUGGAAAGUCGAGGAGACCUGUAGAGGCACUAAAUAUGUUUCAUGCAAUGCAGCAACAGAUGUCCUCGUAUCCUGAUUUAGUAGCUUAUCGUAGUAUUGCUGUGACUCUUGGACAAGCAGGGCACAUGAAGGAACUCUUUGAUGUGAUUGAUACAAUGCGAUCACCACCUAAGAAAAAGUUCAAAACAGGGGUAUUUAAGAACUGGGACCCAAGGCUGGAACCAGAUAUUGUAGUCUAUCAUGCAGUCCUUAAUGCUUGUGUUAGGCAGAAACAAUGGGAAGGAGCCUUUUGGGUUUUGCAGCAGUUAAAGAAACAAGGACAACAACCUUCGGCCACAACUUACGGCCUAGUUAUGGAGGUGAUGUUUUCAUGUGGCAAGUAUAACUUGGUUCAUGAGUUUUUCAGAAAACUUCAGAAGUCUUACAUUCCAAAUUCAUUGACAUAUAGAGUUCUUGUAAAUACACUUUGGAAAGAGGGAAAAACUGAGGAAGCUAUAUUGGCUGUCCAAGAAAUGGAAAAUCGUGGAAUUGUGGGCUCUGCUUCUUUAUAUUAUGAUCUAGCUCGAUGCCUCUGUGUGGCUGGAAGAAGUCAUGAGGCACUAAAGCAGAUGGACAAGAUAUGUAAGGUUGCAAAUAAACCACUGGUAGUGACCUACACUGGCUUGAUUCAAGCAAGUCUAGACUCUGGAAAUAUUCAGGAUGGGGCUUAUAUUUUUGAGAAAAUGAAGGAAGUUUGUGCUCCAAAUCUGGUUACUUGUAACAUAAUGCUGAAAGCUUACUUGGAACAUGGCAUGUUUCAAGAAGCUAAAGCGUUGUUUGAGCAGAUGGCAGAGAAUGCAAGUCGUCUAAGGGAAAAUAAUGAUUACAAGAUGCUGGUGGUACCAGAUACAUACACAUUCAACACCAUGUUAGAUGCAUGUGUUUCAGAGCAGAGAUGGGAUUAUUUUGAUCAUGUCUAUCAUAGGAUGUUGAACCAUGGUUACCACUUCAAUCCAAAACGGCAUCUUCAAAUGAUAUUGGAGGCUUCAAGAGCGGGAAAGGAACGGCCUUUGGAGAUAACAUGGAAACACUUAACCGACAUGGAUCGAAUUCCACCUACUUCUCUGACUAAGGAGAGGUUCUUUGCUAAGCUAGCGAAGGAUGACUACAUUGCUGCUCUCACAUGUAUGACCAACAAUCUCCCAAAAGACUUGCAGCCAUUUUCCAAAUCGUCUUGGUUGAAACUAUUAAAAAAUAAUUCUCACCGGUUUCAGAAGGAUACUAUUGUUGGACUAACGAACGAGGCCAGCAAAAUAGUUUCCAAUAGUAGUUUACCGAAUCCAACACUUGAGUAUUUAAUACAAUCAUGCAAAAAAAUUCUUUUUGCCACUGACAUCAGUGAAGCUGACAUGGAUUCAGUGAAAAAUGUACUUGAAGUAGAGAGUAAGCUGGUAGUAGCCAACUCUAGAUGA